AUGAUUAGGAGUUUCGAAAUUUUUGUUGCUGAACGUCGUCUAGCUCAGCCAUCUUCACUUACCUUCCUGAAAGAUACCCGUCUUGGUAUUGAUGGAACACAUUGGCUUCGUAAACUUUUGCAAAAUUCUGCGAAAGAGCCAACGAUUGCGGCUUUAGGAGGGGUACCUCUUGGACUUAAGGCGAUCAUAGAAAGAGAACUAGGAUUAAUGAGAUCAUUUGGAAUCACGCCGGUGUUCGUAUUUACUGGUCUUAGUAUUAUACGUAAAGACAAACCAUUUUCUUCGGAAGAUACCAGGCCUUCGAAACGAGCCUCUGCAUGGGAUAUGUACGAAAAAAAUCGACUUGAUGUAGCUCUUAGUACGUGGGGAGCCGGGUCCAUUCCCCAACCAGACUUAUCAUACUUCGUUUUCAAAAUUUUCAAAGAAAAUGAUGUGGAAUUUAUCAGAGCGCCAUAUUCUGCGUGGGGACAGCUGGUGUAUUUAGAGCGUCAUCCUAAAGCCUAUGUCCAAUGCCUUUACGGAGGACCAGAAUUAUUAAUGUAUGAUGUUGAUAGCGUGAUCACGAAUAUUGAUUUAGAGAAAGGAUCAUGUUCAUGGUUGAACAAGAAGACUAUUCUUAAUGAGCUCGCGUUGACUGAUGAUCAGUUCUUAGAUGUUUGCAUUCUUGCUGGUCCACCACUCAGCUCCGAAUUUCUCAACUUUAACUUUAAGAAUGUUCACGAUCUAAUUAAACAGCAUCGAAAUGGUUUUAAUGCUGUCCAAAGUUUUGCAGCAGAUCAUGCGGGCGCCGUCAAGGCAAAUUAUAUAGAAGCUUUCUGUCGCACAAGAUGUGCCGUCAAAUAUCAUAUGGUGUUGACGGAUGAGGGACAAGUUAGACCUUUGAACGAAGAAUCUUCGCCAAGUGAUAUUCAUGAUAUUAUUGGAUAUCGAUUACCCGAUGAAGUAUAUUAUUAUUUGUCAAAAGGAUUGAUGUCUCCUCAGGUUAUUAAUACAUUGAUAUCUGGAGUCUUAAUCGAAAACUCUCCAUUAUGCAAUGGUGAAACACAGGAGUAUAGACAGUUUCUCAAUGAAUUGCUUGAACUUCGUACGCAGGCUAUGGGUUUGCUUACUCAGCCUUUACAUCCGUUUUAUCAAUCUAAGCGCGUUGUUAGUUUCUAUUGGUUUGAUCCCAGCAAUGAACAUUUAUUAAAUCACAAUGUCGUUCCGAGUAUUCAUGAAAAGUUAAACACUUGGAAUGUCUUAGAAAGAGGAAUAGAAGAGGAGAAGAAAGCACAAAAGACAUCUACGAUUGACAUUGCUUUCUGUCUGAGAGCAACAGCAACCCCAGAACAAGCCACCAGAACAGUGAUGCCAAAAGACAACAAAGCAAUAAGUUCCAAAGAUGAGAUCUGUGGAAAUGUUUUAUGGAAAUUAUUGGAAUUAAGAAAUUUUUUGAUUCAUUCGCAGCAUAUCCAUACCCAGUGGGGCACUGCUUUUCACAAGGCUUUAAGCGCGUCUAAGUCUGCCAAGGAUUCCCAUCAGGAACAAAUAUUUAUCGCUCUCGAGUUAAUUAGAUUUGGUUGUAUUCAUGGAAAUCAUUACAGUAAAGCAUAUUAUUCCGCACCAAGUCAUGUUAAUGUUAUUUUACUUUCAGAUGAGGAAAAAAAACAUAUUCUUUUGAUUUCUAGGACUCUCAGCCUCAUUCCUGCUAAAUUUAAGGGCGUGCCUUGGGUUGGCCCUCUUUGCAGAGAGCUUUUGGUUUUUAAUAGUUUUGUAAAAGUAUUGACUCGUUCAUUACGAAAUCUAUGCGAGAUGUUAACGUUGUCAAUGUUUUUAAAUGGAGAUUGCGUUAAAGAAAGACAAGAUUAUCUUGAUAUAGCACUGAGCUUGCCUUUUCUAAAUGACGUGAAUACUGGACUAGGGAUAAUUGUUAAAACUUACCUUGAAAAUGUUAUUGCGUUUUCAAAGGAAGGUGAUAGUAAGAGUGUAAAUAGCUCGCAUAUAAACGAUGCGCUCAAAAAAAUUGAAGAUACUUUUACGGCAUGUGAAAGUGCAAAAUCAGAUUUGGAGAAUGGUUUUUUAUUUUGGGAUGAGAUUAUUGCUGGAGUAAAAUCUCUUAAAGCAAGCUCAGUUAUUUCGAAUGAGAUCUCAUCACAAUUCAUUAACGCUAAUACAUGGUUAUCUUCAAGGCGACCAUAA